CGGGAGGGUGAGUGCCUUACCAAAAAGAAAAGAAAUUCCUAAACCCGCUCUAAAACCCUAGCACUCACGAUUACGCCAUGGCGCUCCGCCUCCUCCGCCUCCGUCGAGCCCUAACUCCACUCUCUUCCACACUGCAACCCCCUCUCUCCACUCCUGUCCCAAUCGCACCACCAUCCGCACAGUCCCCCACAAUCAUUUCCCGAUCGCGGGUUUUCACGGGAACCAGGGUGUCGAUGAUGUCAACGACGACGGCGAGACCAGAGAAAAAAUACAAGCUUUACGAGGACGGAUACGAAAUCACUGAGGACACAAUUCUGUUCCCAGGCUGCGAUUACAAUCACUGGCUCAUCACCGUUGAUUUCCCCAAAGAUCCCAAACCCUCUCCUGAAGAAAUGGUCGCUACUUACGAACGAAUCUGUGCCCAAGGACUCAACAUCAGUAUUGAGGAGGCGAAGAAGAAGAUUUAUGCUUGUAGCACAACUACUUACCAAGGGUUUCAGGCUUUGAUGUCUGAACAGGAGUCAGAAAAGUUUAAAGAUGUUCCUGGGGUUGUUUUUGUACUCCCGGAUUCGUAUAUUGAUCCGGUGAACAAGGAAUACGGAGGAGACAAGUAUGAAAAUGGAGUGAUUACUCCGAGACCACCCCCAGUGCAUAGAGGGGGAGAAAGACGGUAUGAGCGGAAUAGACCUAGAUUUAACCAGCAAGGAGGUCCAAUGCCAAAUUAUCAAGGGCCGCCACCUCAGCACGGUCAACAGGGGCAUAUGCAAGGAGGUGGUAGUAACUAUGGGCCUCAACAAAAUUACCCACCACAGCAAAACCGUGGUCCUCCAGGACCAGGCGGUAGUAUGCCGAUGAUCAAUAGGGAUCAUGCCCCUGGAGGGAGGAACAUGAAUCAAGGACAGCAAGGAAAUCUUUAUGCCCCAGCACAGCAAGCUUACAACCCAGGACAGCAUGGAAACCAUUAUCCCCCAGGACAGCAAGGUUACAACCUAGGACAGCAGGGGAAUCUUUAUCCCCCGGGACAGCAAGGUUACAACCAAGGACAGCAUGGAAAUCAUUAUGCCCCAGAUCAAAGGAGCUUCCUGCAAGGAGAUCCCAGGGAUCAUGGAUCUCCUGGGCAAAGAGAUUAUAGGGGAGGUGACAGGAAUUAUUCUCCCACACAUGCUGGAAACUAUGGGCAGGGUGGAAAUACUGGCAUUGGACAACGCCACCUAGGUGAUGGUCAGAGGUCCGCACAAAUGGAGCAGAUGAGCACUCAGGGAGAGCAAGUGAACUACGCACCAACAGGGCAACCGGGUUGGUCAGACCAAGUAAGGCAACCCCCCAUUAGAAACUAUGGGCAAGGUGGAAAUACUGGCUAUGGACAACAGAACCUAGGUGAUGGUCCGAGGUCUGCACAAAUGGAGCAGAGGAGCACGCAAGGAGAGCAAGGGAACCAUGCAUCACCAGGGAAACCAGGGUGGUCAGACCAAGGAGGAUAUUGAGAAGACUCUGAUGGUUCUUUGAGGUGGAAGAGAGAAUGGAAAUCACCUUCGUCUUUCAAUUUUCAUUGUCACGAGCCAGCAGGAAAUAAACAUUCGAUGUCUGUUUUGGUAAAUAGUCUUGUGUUUGUUGUUGCCUGUGUGAGACUAAGAAAGUAGGAAUGCGUCUGUGUUUUUCCUGGACUGAUCGAACUGUUCUAUGAGGUUGCCAGGUUAUGCAUGUCUUCAUGCAAUCUGUCUGUCAA